CCUCCACCUUUCGCUGUUUUUCCUUCUUUUUCUCUCAGGCGAACAGCUCUCUGUUCUGUUGUUUUCCUUUCCUUUUCUGAGUUCUCUGUUUUGCAGCUAACAAUGGCUAGAGGUUCUUCACAAUCCCAAGCCUCUUCCUCAUCCACCUCAAGACCUGGCGUCGUGGCCCCGCGCGGCUCUGCGGCAGCAACGGCCGGUAUGCGCCGUCGCAGGCUCACUGUAGGCUCGGCCGCGUCGGGAGCUGGCUCUGUCAGCUCCGGCUCCGGCAGUAACAUGCUCCGCUUUUACACUGACGAUGCCCCCGGCUUGAAGAUCUCGCCCACGGUUGUCCUUGUCAUGAGUCUCUGCUUCAUCGGCUUUGUCACCGCUCUUCAUGUGUUUGGCAAGCUCUAUCGCUCCAAAUCUGGAGCCGGAGCAUGAUUCAUAUACGGAACACCACUCCUGUUUCGGAUCUCUGAUCGAUUCGUCAAUUGGUAACCGAAUGCUACGUUCCUCUUUUUUUUAGUCAUGUUUCAAAUUUAGCUCUGUAAAUGAUGGCAGGAUUGCAGUAUCUAAUGCUUUUCUUGUGAUUUUUUUUACUUAUUGUAUGUUUUCGCUUUUCGAAAUAGAUGGAUGAGUUUCUCUGCUUUUUCAUAUCGCCUUUUCUUUCUUCUGCUGUUUCUUUAAUGUUGAAAUGCUGGACAUGUCAAUUCAGUUUCUACUAAGUAUUCUCAAACGAUUAUUCAGAUCGCCGAUCUUCUUUUUGUGCAACAGUGGUUAGUAGUUAAUUGCUACACGCCAAUUUUUGUUCUUACUUCUAAUGGUUAUGGUUUAGAUCCUUCAGCUUCUGUAUGGAUUAGUAUUUCUUUUCUCUCACAAAUUGUUUGCUUUAGUUUUAUUGUUUGAAUGAUUCGUGCUGGAAGUUUUUUUGGAUUAUCAUAUUCUCGUGGUUUUACCAUAUAUCAUUUAUGAUUUAUAAGCUCCAAUUUCUCGAUGCCUGUUGUUCAUGUUUCCUAUUUAGAAUAUUUGAUUCAGCUGUAGUUAAUUUUAUUGUUAUUCCUUUCAUUGAAGGCUAAAUUUUGUAAUAAAAGCUUUCAUUCUUUUCUAUGUUAGUUUGUUGUAUGGUGGAAGGAUCCAGUGAUUCACUUAUUCACUUUGGCUCUUUCUGAGCAUUGGAGAUCUUAAAUUCAAACUAUGUGGACUUUAUGACCAAAUUUAUUUAACAAUAUAGCUAUCUCCCUAGUUCUUCUUAGCAGUUUCCGUUAGUAUUUAGUAAGGUAUAAAAGAGUUUUGGGACU